GUCGACACUUCUGUGAUCCGUCUCCUAGUGCUCGUAGCCUAACCAUGGACGCUACAGCCCAACGAGCCAUGGCAGAAGACACAAGCGAUGCACCAACUACAUCUUGCUCUUGUUCGUCCUCUACAUCCUCAUCCUCACUCGUGAAUGACGCGCCGGCGCCGCAAGAGGUUCCCAAGAACUCCAAAGGCACGAAGAAGCGGAAGAGAGCCUCUUCGCCGGACGACUCCCGCGAAGCAGAAGCCGACGGCAGCAGCAAUAACGGCCAGCAAGGCGAGGAGAGCAGCAGCUGCUGCACCACCCACGACAACAACGAGGCUUGCGUCGGCAGCAACAAGGCCGAGGCGGCAGCCACCACCGGCGGUGGCGCGGCGGCGUCCAGGAGCCGCAGGAGGAGCGGGUACAAGCACCCGUCGUACCGCGGCGUGCGGCGCCGGAGCUGGGGCAAGUGGGUGUCGGAGAUCCGUGAGCCCCGCAAGAAGUCGCGCAUCUGGCUGGGCACGUUCCCCACGGCGGAGAUGGCGGCGCGCGCGCACGACGUGGCCGCGCUGGCCGUCAAGGGCCGCGCCGCCGCGCACCUCAACUUCCCGGAGCGCGCCCACGAGCUGCCCCGGCCGGCGUCCGCCUCCCCCGCGGACAUCCAGGCCGCGGCGGUCCUAGCCGCGGCGGCGGCGGCGGCCGUGGACGUGGACGUGGACGUGCAGUGCGACGACGCGGCUCCGUCGCCCUCGCCGGAAGCUGCCGCCUGCUGCCCCGAGACGGCGGCGGCGUAUGGCGACGGAGGACAGGGACGGGAGGAGGAGAGCACGCUGUUCGACCUGCCCGACCUCCUCCUCGACCUGCGGGACGGGCUGUGGUGGCCGGCGGCAAUGGCCGCUGAGCAUUACGACGGCUGCGACGCCGUCGUCGGGAUGCACGAGCCGCUCUUGUGGGCCGAGUUGUGAAGCAUACGGGCCUUUUCGAAGAAAAUAGAGGGAACGGACAUACUAGUAUGCUUGCUAUUCUUAAAUCAGUACUAGUAUUGGCGUAUCGGUAUUGCCUGUGCCUGAUUUAGGAUUGGGCAUGGAGCAGCUACCCCGUGUGUUCUUUCCGUACCAGGUUGUGAUCGAGUGAGCACUAGACUGUGCUAGAGGCGUCGACUGAUAGCAGCAGUCUGAUGCAUCUGCAAAUCGCUAUUGUUUUCUACUAGUAGCAGAUGGGUGCAUUUCGCAUCAACAAUGAUAGUAUUAUUGUUGAUCUUAGAGAAGAAGAAAAAAUGCAGAAAAUAUAAUAGUCCGGGUGAGCUAUUUCUGUUUGUUA